AUGGACUCCAAAUACAAAGACAAUUAUGAUGUCUUUCGGAACGUUGUCGAUGAUUUCGGUGCCGACAAUACUGGUGACGAGGACGCGGCCCCUGCCAUCCAAGCAGCCAUCCAAGCCGGACCAUCCAACGGGCCUGAUCGUGGCUCCCAUUCCAUGGGAACUACCGGACAACCAGCCAUUGUCUACCUACCGUCAGGGACCUACCUCAUGAAAUCGUCCCUACAGUUGUUUGUGGGAACCGUCAUCAUUGGCGAUCCCACCGACCCUCCGGUUCUGAAGGCGACCUCGGACUUUGCAGACGAUCAUAUCAUUUACGGCAAGGAUCCCAACUUUGGAGGCACGAUCAACUUUUACAUAGGGAUCAAGAAUAUCAUCAUCGAUUCGACAGAUUUCGAUUUGGAUAAAUCCAUCACUCUCCUCGACUGGACCGUUAGUCAGGCGACUCAACUUACUAAUGUCGGAUUCAAUAUGCCCCUCUAUAGCACCGCGCACGUCGGCCUGACUACACAAUACGACUACAAUAGUAAUUUGAUUCUGAAUGACCUCUGGUUCAGAGGUGGCGCGGUCGGGAUGAAGUUGAAUGGCCAACAGUGGGUGUUCAAGAACAUAUCCUUUACUGGUACCACCACCGGAGUACAAGCCGGAGGAACCGAUAUUGUAUUCUUGGGGUGCCGCUUCGAGUCGGGCAGUGUGGGAAUUGAUGCGCAGGGAACGUCUGGGUCUCUGACCGUAGUUGACACGACGGGUGUCAGCAUGGGUACCCUCGUCUCAUCGACCAGUUCGGGCAACGCAGGCAACUCUAUCGUGCUUGAUAAUGUGCAAAAUUCCGGUACCACUGUGAAGCUCGGGGAAAGGAUCGCGUGGAGUGGAAAUGUCCCCGACACCUGGGUACAUGGAAAUCUGUAUGAAUCCAAGGAUGCUCAAUACGAGUACUCGCAAGGGAAGAUCGUCAGCACCUCCCGUUCCUCAUCGCUAUUGUCAGGCAAAAACUAUUUCACCAUGGCCCCACCAACGUAUCAAGACUACGACGUUGGGCAGAUUUUGAAUAUCAAGAAUGUCCCUGGACUGCCAGUCUAUGGUGACGGCGAAACCGAUGACACCCGAAACAUCAACGAUAUCCUGUCCCGCUACAAGACCUGCUCGCUCAUCUAUUUCCCGGCGGGCACAUAUCUUGUGACAGACACCAUCUUCAUGCCCGCUGGCACACGCAUCAUCGGAGAUCCCUUUGCCUCGACGAUUAGUGCUGUCGGAAGCAAUUUCGAGGAUGAGUCCGCUGUCCGUUCCAUGUUUAGGGUCGGAUAUCCGGGCGAUGUCGGCGUCGCACAAGUCAGCGAUAUGCUUUUCACUGUUGCAGAUGUUUUGCCGGGUUGCCAAUUGGUCGAGAUUAACAUUGCCGCCCGGUCACCGGGAGAUGUUGGCUUCUGGAACACGCAUUUCCGUAUCGGCGGUGCGGUGGGUAGCCAGGUCGAAAGCAAAUGCACCGACAGCCCGGAAGACUGCAAAGCGGCCUAUGGACUUCUGCAUCUAUCUACCACGUCGUCCGCCUACGUUGAAAACAUGUGGGGAUGGACAGCCGAUCACGAUCUCGAUGGAGACAAUCCCCAAACCAUCUCCACCGGUCGGGGCGUCCUAGUUGAAGGUACCGCAGCGACCUGGCUCAUUGGCACGGGAUUCGAACACAACACCCUUUACCAGUACAAUUUCCAGUACGCUCGCAACGUCUUUACCGCCAUGCAGCAGAGCGAGUCUCCAUACUGGCAAGGGCCAGGGAGUAGCGCGCUCAACCCAGCCCCGUGGGAUGAGUAUCUGACCGUCAGUGAUCCUACCUAUAGCGAUUGCGCGGCCGAUGACAGCAAAUGCCGUAUGGCACUGUUUGAGCGAAUCUACGGCUCGUCGGAUCUGUUCCUCUAUGGAGGCUGCAACUGGGUCUUCUUUAACGACAAUGGCGAUUGCAGUGGGGACUGCCAGACGAAUGCCAUUGAGAUUGCCAACUCGACUGCCAUAUACCUGUAUGGCACGAACACGAAGAGCACGACCGACAUGGUGAUGGAAGGAAACAAACCGAUUGCGUUGGAGAGCGAUAAUGCCGGCGGGUGGGGAGGAGUAAUUGCCGGGUACCUGUAUGAUUCAUAGAUGGCAGACAGGGUGGAGGAAGGAGUACAUACGAGUCUUGUUCCUAUUGAUAGUACUAACCACUAAUCUUUCUUUGGCUGACAGUGAC